AGUGCGCCCCCCUUGACAACUCACCACCAACAAUUCACCUCAAACCCUUCUAACAACUCCCCGUUCACCACCAGUUAAAACAGUAACUUUAACGAACACUCAAGGAGUUAUUACAAAGUAAUUUACCAAUCACAACGUCUCACUAUGAGUAAAGAAAUCACACGCGUUAUUAUUUAAAAUUAAACUUUACUUUAUUGACACCGUGACCGAACGCCCGGUGGCCUAGGCGCUCCCCCGCGGGGGGUUUCUCGCUCAUUUUUGGGGCCAAACUUCUAGGCAAGACCGUAGGCUUCGCUCGAGGGCCUACGCGCUCUCCUCUCCGGGUUCAAUGGACACGGACGCGGACGGACGGGCGCCUCUGCGGGAGGGCAAGGAAGCCUCCCUGCUACCGUGGGACCGCUUCGCAGCCUGGGCCAGGGCGAUUUGUGUGGUCACGUUCGACCUGGAGCUCGGCCAGGCGAUGGAGCUCACGUACCCGCCCCACAUUCAGCUGACCGACAAGGAGAAAACCAACAUUUGUUACUUAUCAUUUCCAGACUCUAAUUCAGGUUGCCACGGCGACACGCAGUUCUGCUUUCGAAUCCGGCAGAGCCCGAGCCGGAAAUCCCCUGCUACCGCCCGGGGCGGCUGGGUGGAUGGCGACGCGCCUGGCAUGCUGAGGAGGGACCCCACUCACUACUAUGGCUACGUGUACUUCAGGCAGUCCAAGGACAAGUCACUACGCAGAGGGUACUUCCAGAAGUCGCUGGUGCUGCUGAGCCCGCUGCCGUAUGCAGGUUUGUUCGACGCGAUUCUACGCACUGUCGCUCCGGGCUUCUUCGAGAAGGCGGAGCCCUUCCUGGAGGCUGUGUGCAACGACAUGGACCAGUGGCCUCUGCCGGUGGCCGGGCAGACGCUGAGCCUGCCCAUCAUGGGCACCGUCAUACAGGUUCGCAUCCCGUCGCGGCAAGACAAGCCCGGCGCGGCCUUCUUGCACGCCACGCAGGAGAACCUCUACGCCGUCUCCACGGUGUUGCCCAGCGUCCACCAGCCCGACCUCUACCGGAGUUUCCGCCCCGUGCUGCCGCACGUGCAGAUGCUGUGGGAACUCGUGCUGUUGGGGGAGCCUCUGGUCGUCAUGGCAACCUCUCCUGCCGACACGGCACAGGCAGUGCUCGCCCUCGUCAGCUGUAUCGCCCCGCUCACGUACUACAGCGACUUCCGUCCAUACUUCACCAUCCACGACAGCGAGUUCCAGGAGUACACGACUCGCACACAGGCUCCGCCCCCCGUGAUCCUGGGCGUGACGAACCCGUUCUUCGCUAAAACCCUGCAGCACUGGCCCCACAUCAUCCGCCUGGGCCAUGUCAGCAGCGACGGCGAAGUGGGGAAGUCGGUGAAGGUGAAGAAGCAGGUGAAGCUGAAAACGCUGGACAGUGAGCCAGGUGUGUACACGGCUUACAAACCCUUCCUCAGUCGGGACAAAGCUAUCCUCAGGGAGCUGGAGAAGGGAGAGCCCCAGACACGGCCGCCCUCAGCUCAGAACUCGGUUUUGCGACGGCAGCUGCUGGAACUCACACAGAGCUUCAUCAUCCCUCUGGAGCGGUACGUGGCGAGCUUGAUGCCCCUGCAGAAAAACAUCACCCCCUUCAAGAGCCCCCCUCCUCUGGGCCCAUUUGAGGCGGAGGACUUCAUCCGCACGCUGGAGAAGAAUGGCCCACAGCUCACGUCGCCCAUCAAGGGGGACUGGACGGGGUUCUAUCGACGCUUCCUGCGCUCCCCCAACUUUGCGGGCUGGCUGCGCGAGCGCCACGGGGACAUGCGGCUCAAGCUGGAGGCCGUGCACAUGGACAUGAUGGCCAACGCGGACCUGAGUGGCUGGGUGCGAGGGCGCAGCGAGGUGGAGUCGGUUGACUGGGUGAUCAAGCUCCGUGAGAAAAUGGCACACGUGACCCAGGCACAGGUGAGCGUGGGAGCGCAGACGCUGGUGAAGCUGCGCGCGCACGUGGACGCCAUCAUCUCGUCGCUGCCGCCCGACCUGCAGAGCGUGCUGGGCAGCGGCGGCUAGGGCGCGGCAGCGGCGCCAGCUGCGUCCCCUCGUCCCUACGCGUCUCAUCUCAUCUUCCAUGUCUCCCUCCUACGUCUCUCAUGCUCGUGUCUCCACGUCCUCCAAGUCCCCACGUCGUUGUGUCUCCUCGUGUCCUCCCUCAUCUCCUGCGCACCCACGUCUCCCACGUCUCUCGUCGUCUCCGCGUCCCCACGUCUCCCCGUACCUGUCCCGCAUCUUGCCUUGUCCAUUAGCCGGUGGUGGGAAUCGCUGUUUGCCCAUCGAGUUGAAACGCGGAGCGGCGAUGCUGGCAGGGACGGCGCUGGGCUGAGCCGGGCCGGUCUCGGCUGCUCCUAGUGUUCUUAUCAUUAGUUGUGUACAUAUACAAAGAUAGCGGUCCCCCCUGUAGCCUUAACGCAUUGUUUGGGACAAGUGCUGUUAUUGAUCACCUAUAAAGCCCGGCACAGCACGUGAGAGGGUGGUCAGUGCCAUGCCCGGCCGCCUUUGUCUCCCUAGUGACAAUGUUUACAUAUCUCACCAGGCACUGUACUCAUGUGAGGCUGAGUCGACCUAGGGAAGGCUCAGGACCAGUUCAGAUAAUCGCCAAUGUGUACAUAAUACACACAUACAAGUGCAUAUAGACAUGCACGUACACACACGCUGACUGAUGCCCACUUGCAGGCCGGUGCAGUAAACGCGCACAGGGACAGCUGCCACUGGGAGGGGGGGGGGGGGUCCCGUAGGUUAGACUACAGCAGGUCCAUUGUAAUGUUUAAGAUGGUAUGUGAUGAAAGGUGCUUUUAAGUUCCCGAGGGAUUUAAGCACGUGCCCUGUACAUUGCAUGUGCAGCAAUACCUCGGUGUACGUCGGGGAUGCGUUCCUCAAAAGUAUGACGACAAAUAUCGAAAUGACGUCAAAGCAAUUUACAGAGUAGGUUGAAGCGAAGGCUGAGGGGCGACGAAGAUGAGGAAUGACGGACGAUGCUGUUAGCGACGUGUGGGUUGAGGUGACGCAAAUCGGCGAGCAGUGUUCACAAAGUGACGACGUGUUUGCCAGAGGACGUAAAAGGGGGAGACGUAAAUCGGGGUAUCGCUGUACAUACACUCAGAGCCCUCCCAUGGGUCCACUGCGAAUUGGAGCGACGGCCCCGGGCCCCGCGCUUUGGGGGGCUCCCCGCGCUUCGACAUCAACGGUGUCGGAUGUAAUAAUGAAGGCGUCGAGAGGGCCCACAGUGGGAUUUUCCCCGGGUCUCGCACCCCCCUAUGGACGGCCCUGCGUACACGGACACGCGCGCGCGAUUCUCACACGUUGCGAUCGCACGGAUUGCCACGGAUGGAUGUGCGGUCGCGAUUCCUUCGUCUGGUUAGCAUUGUAGCGCCACUCGUGGCCGAACCGAUGGGAUUUAAUCGAUGGAUUGGCGUCGUCGCUGCGGUGGUUUCGCAAGGCUCGUACAUAAAAACUGAGAAACGGUGUUACGGGAAACAUUUCAUUCAGAACCAAACUGCCGCCGGACAAUAACUGAAAUCGCUUUUGGAUUCCCGCGCGGAUCGUGAAUGAGAUGAGAAUGAGUGAACAGGUUCAGUGAGCCCAUAGAAAUGAAAAUGCAUUCGUCGACAUGAUAGCGCUUGUGUUGUAGAGAAAGGGCCCUUAUCCGAAACGUCGCCUAAAUAUAUUUAUUGUUUUAAGGCCACAGAGAUGUUGACAAACGUGUUGCGGUAUUUGUUGUUGCUAUUUGUGUGCCACUGCCGACUCAGCAGCAGAAGCAGCAUUACUUUUACGUGAGCAAAUAGAACCAUGAUGAAUCACGUUGCAUAUGUAUCGUCGGUACAGAAAGUCCUCGUUUAAACGUAGUAGGCGCGUUCCGGAAAAGUGCCGCGUGAAGCGAAAAAAAUUUCCCCAGAAAUAAUGUUGAUGAUAAAGAUUUUGGCGACAUUACCGUGUUACGCACAAUGUGAUGGCCGGGACCAUUAACCGAGGGUUCGCCACCGCGUUGCUCUAUCGCUCCGCGUUCUGUAUCAUACCGCUCAGCCGCGCAGCUCCAAAAAGUAGUUGGUCGUCAACCACGUUAUAAACCGCAUUAUAACGGUGCACGUUGCAGGAUUAAGUGUUCCCUAAUGGAAGAACCGCUGUUGUAGCGAAAAAGGCGUUAUCGUGUGACCACCGCGCGUUAAGCGAGGACUUGCCGUCCGUGUCACUAAUCCAUUACUGUUGACGCCCAUUGUAACGAUGACUGGUGCUGCCUGUGUAAGGCCGAGUGGUUGUUGCCCUGUAAGGGGCUCUUGGCGAACUGAAUAAAGACGGCCGCCCACACGCACAGCCCCGGCUGCUCGUCUGCUCCUCUGCUCCUGGCCCAAGGCUGGCUGUGUGGGGCGGUCUUUCUAAAAGGUC